AUGGAAGCAGCCAGCAGCUAUGACAGAAACGAUACAUUGAGGAGUGCAAAAAAUGGGUCUACAAAAAAUAAUAAAGAACAACAGGAUGAACAAAAUAACAGCAAUUUAUUAACUAUAUAUUCGUUCAUUAGCAGCUAUGUAUUUAAGGAAGACAUGAAUUAUGACGAAAAUGACAGUAGGUACGAAUUGCUAGAGAGCCAGGAUUUGGAAAAUGAAAGCUGCGACAAGAAAGUCAGUUUUAGUGAGUAUAACGAAAAGGUGUACCGGUAUUACAGGGGAAGGAAUGGGAGCGAUCAGGUGGGAGAAGUGGAGCACCAAGAGUACGAAUGUGAUCAUGAGGAGGAGGAAGAAGAAGAAGAUGAAAGGGCGGAGGAUGAUGAGGAGGAAGACGAAUAUAAUGAAGACGAUGAAGAGGGGGACGACGAUGAGGACGAGGAGGAGGAAGAAGAAGAUGAAGGCGACUGCGCUGCGGACAGCGACGUCCAUGCCUUGGCGAGCGCAAACGAAGAAGACAUAAUCGUGCAGGGAAGCGUCCCGCGAAAAAAAGGAAAAUCAAGGAAUUUAAGAAAAAAAGCAACAUCUCGCUCGAAAAAUAAUAUGACCUCGAUGAAAGACAAAAAAUACAGAAAUAAGCUGUACAAAAAGGGAAAAAAAAAUAAAAUCCAUAACGUAAAUGAGGACUAUAAAGAGGACCAUAGCAACGGUCCCAUCAAAAGGAACAUUAGUAACAUCUCAAAAUAUUUCAUGCUGUCUAUGGAUAAUAUAAACGAGCAACAAAACAUUUUUAAAGAUGAAAAACAAUUGUCUAGACAAAUGUCAUACUAUAACGAUGCGUACUAUUAUACCUCAGAAAUGAUAUAUAAAAAUAAUAAGCGCCACAAGGAGAAGUUGGCACUGUACUUGAGAUUAAUGUCUUUGUUUAUCAACAUCAUGAUUGGGAUUUACCUGAUAACACACUUCCCACACACAAAUAACGAAUUCGAAAUAAAUUCGCAAAAUGGGCACUCCUGGGAACACGAUAAUUUAAAGGAAAUUAUUCGAAGUACACUAUACCCUGCUAAAAAUGGGGCACCUAGAGUGUAUUAUGGGGAUAGCGCGGAUGCGCAUGUGAACACACUAAGUAGCCAAAAUGAAGUAUUGCAAAAUAAUGAAAAAAAAAGGAAAUACUUGGACAUCCUCUUUAGGGGUAGUUCCGAAGCUAAGGAAAAGGAAAAGCAAAAGGAGGCCAAUUCGCCUUCUCCCUGGAAGGAUGAAAACGACGUGGAUAGUAAACAAAAAAAUAAAGACGAUGCUCUGGUAACGGGUAAUUCUUCCAACCUCGCAGCAAAAAGCAGCAAAGGAAGCACAAAAGAAACGCCCCAAGUUAAUAACCAAAUCAUAGAAAUGGACAUAGUAAAUUUAGUCCAUGAUGAAUACGUAAUGCAGUACAUUUAUAUGGAAAUGAACAAAAUAUAUAAAUAUGCAAUAUAUUCCUUCUUUGGAGAAUUGCUAGUAAUAUCUAUCAUUGUACUUUCACUAUUCAUUUUAAGGAUCAUUAUAAAGGACAAUAAUAAAUUUAGUGUAAUCCUAACAAUGUAUGGGAUAUUGUAUAAAAUAUUUUGCUACAUAUUUGCUCACUACGUGUUAAUUAUGGGUCUGUAUAUCUUAUCAAUUUAUUACAAUAUAUAUAUAAACAAAGAUGUAACUGAAUAUAACUUUAAUUUUUUUUGUUAUCACUAUGUUUGUAAUAAUCUACAUAUACACUUACUCAUGUUGUUUUAUGCCUUUCAAAAUAUCAUUUUCACCAUAAAUGAUGCAUUCAAUUGUAUAAGAAUGAUGUUUAUAAUAUUCAAGCAUGUUAUCAUUACCAUAUAUGAAAAAAUUACUUGCAAAAAUUUCAUUACAUUUUACGAAUUAAAAGAAGAUAAAUCCCCCUUGUCUUUAAAUUGUAUGAAUAAAUUCAAAAAAAAGUGCAACAUGAAUAAUAAGUGCUGUCGUGAUAAGACCUGCGUAGAAAUAGACAUUGACGAAAUUCAUGAGUUGGAAUAUGACAAGAGCCAGCUGCCUUUCCCCAGCCUACAUCAGAAGCCCUACUGCAAGAAUUUGGAUAUCAAGACGUACGAACAGUCCCUCCUCAACAUGCGUAAUCCCAUCUUUAAGUAG